AUGCCACGCUUUCUGACGCCUGCACGCAUCUGUUUGUUGGUUGCCAUUGAUAUCUACGGCGAGGAGCCUCCGCCAACAGCAUCCGCCAUAACCCUGCUCGACUUCAUCUCCCAGCAUGUUAUUUCCUCCGCCGAACAGAAUGUCGACGACAUUCAGGAGCGGCGUGCAUUCGCUUCAGGCGGCAUGGAAUUCUUCGAACAAUGCCUGCGCCCACUGGCGUCCAGCAUGCCUGGUCGAAAUCUUUACGACUCGCUAAUCUACCGCAUCUGGCAGUUCAACUCGGUCGAUUCGCUACACGCCUUCAUAGAAGAAGUCAGCCUAGUGCGAGUACGCCCCUCCCGAGAUGCACUGAUUCAGCCGCAUCCCAAUGCUUUUACUCCAGCCUCCCCGCUUGGCCAAUAUGUCCGCCGCUGCUGGGUGGAGUUUACGCGACUGCAGUUUGAGGACGCGCAGGCUCUGUGGAAAAUGUUCACUACUUAUCGAGAACCUACGAAGCACGACUGGACACUGAAGUAUCCGGAAGAUGCCCUCAAAACCGAGCAAGAUGUCAAUCCUGUCUGUACAGUCCCCGCUCUACCCACAAGAGCCGGCAGUGAAGGUGUAGCGCAAGAUGGCGCCAGCGCAGCUGUGGUGGACGCCGACAUUCUACUCCAUUUCGCAAUUCAGCGACUUCAGAAGGAAGGCUCGCGGGUGCCAGCAGAUGUCAAGCUUCGGAUUGAGCAGUGGAUUGGGGACCAAUUGGAUUCCAACACUCAGUCGCUGCACUUCUUCAUGGCUUUCUUCGAACAUUGGAGAGCUGGCCAGUACACAAUGGCGCUGGAGAAUCUACACCGCUAUUUUGACUACUCACUCGCGGGUAAGGCGGCAACAGAGAACAUGAGGGUCCACUAUCAAUACGCACUACUGCAUCUGAGUGUACUCCAUGCGGACUUCGAGUGCUGGGGGGAGAGCAUCGAUGCGAUGAACGAAUGUAUUGCGACUGGUAAGUUACGAGUUGGGUGAAUGCUUUCGGCCAUUGUACACUGUGUCUCUUUCAAGUGCUGAUCAUCGACAGCGCGGGAGAAUCAAGACGCCGCCUGCCUGAAUUUCGCGCUGUCGUGGCUGCUUCACCUCCGUCAUGCGCAUCCCAGCAAGCGCGGGAAUUCUUUCGGAACUAUCGCGGGUGUUGUUGGCAGCGGCGGCAGUGAACACGACGAAAUUGCAUUCCUUAAGCAAAAGGCGAAAGAUGGGAAGCACUGGAUGCUCCUUAGCAGCACUCUGCUUGAAGAAGCAAGACUGGAGCUGUACAGCGUGAGGACGCCUUAUCAUUCACACAUGAUCUCCCACUGACUGAUACCAGGGCGGCAACAGAAAUCGAGCCCAAGAGCACAUCCUGCAGUCAAUGUAUCUGAAUGCCCAUCAUGACCUACGCGGUCUAGCACCCGCAAGUCUUCUUCUCCAAAGCGCUUGUUAUCAUCGGCUGGGUGAGUGGAACGAGAUCGAUUCUGGAAGGAGACUGAACACUGACGAAGCAAUGUCAGGGCAAACCAAGUCUGCAGUCCUCGACAUCGAGCUUUUGAACACCGUAUACCUCAAGCAGUGUCCGAAAGGCGAGUAUGUGCGCGCAACAUGCCGUCUGGCAGACCUUAUGGCGCGGAGUGGAAAUUUCAGCAGAGCGUUGAAGCAUAUUGAGGGUCAGAUUCCCGCAGCGAAAGGAUUGCUCAAGCAGGAGCAAAGACUCAAAGCCUUUGCGACGCUUCUCCAGCUGAAGAGGUCAAUACAGCGGUGCGCUCCCACCAAGCGACAGGGGUGCAGUGUUGCGAGUUGAAGCCGUCGUUGUGCUAACUCUAUACAGGAACCAGUUCAAUGUCGCGGAUGCUCACCUGAACCAAUUACGCCCCUUCUGCUCGGGGAGCGACCCUGAAAUGUCAUUCGAGGUCAAGGUUCUUGAGAUCGAGAAACUCGUCCGACAGGAGCGGUUUUUGCCAGCUCUCCAAAAGGUCAAUGAGGAGCUAAAGGUCCUCAGAGGCAGAGAGACAGGUAAGAUCUCCUCCCAAACAUUCACUGGGUCUGCGGCUGAUACCUCAAGACAUUGCGCAUCGCAUCUACUUUCUGCUCCUGAAAGCUCGGAUCUUCGCAGCGGGCGGUCAGGCCAGUAAGGGCUUUGCCAUAGUCCUCAGAGCCACUGCCACUGCCGAACGACAGCUUCUCGUCACGCUCUUCAUGGAGGGCGUAGCGGUCCUGAGCAAAGUCCUCAUCGAACUCUCUGAGUUUGGCGCUGCGCGAGAUAUCGUAGAAGCAGCAUUACCACAUGUAAGGUGUCGUGUCGUGUCUUUAUAGACGUUCCCAGAGCUAACAAGACCAGGCCAUCGAAUCACAGAACACGGAGCUCACGGCCCGCUUCUACACGCUGAUGGGAGAGGCAUGUCUUGGGUAUGCUGGACAUGAAUGCCCGCACGACUCCAACGAGCAGACGCUCACCUUGCGGCGGGCGCAAGACUUGUUCGAAAACGGCCGAUCUCGUAAGUGAACGGAAAAAAAAACGCCCCCCUCUGCAUAGCUCGUCGUUGACGACGGCUGACUUCCAUGGUUUUGCCUUCCACAGUAUUUCAGCAAACUGAAGAUCUCACCGGCAUGCUGCACUGCCUCGCCCUGAAAUCUCAGAUUGCUACGUGGACCGGCGAUGAGAGUUCCGCUCUGCAAGCGGAUGAGAUGUACUCGCAGCUCCUGAUGGUCCAAUCUCAGGCAAUCCCUUGA